CGUCAGCGCACUGACGUGGACGGCCGCAUUUGUGUUAGUCUGUGCCUCGUUUGACAGCCACUGAAAAAAAUAUUUCGCGCGUUUUUGACAGCUGCAAACGAACUUUGUGCGCGUUCGAAAAUCAAACUUUUCUAAAUGUGUUACUGUAUUAUAUUGUACUGAAGGUGGAUUUUGUUCGAUCUGUGCUAAUUAUUUGGCUGAACUGGCCGUUGAGACGUUAUUAAGUGAUGAAUCAGCGAACGCCGGCUAAUUAACAGCGUCACUGCUACGAAAACAAAUCUUGUACUUCCGAUAUUUUAUAGCUUGGAUAUUUCGCGAGAUCCGGUCCUGGGACGGCAGCAAGCUGUUUUACCCUUAUUUGAAAACGUCUUCCCUCCAAAGGGACUUCCUAUUUGCCAGUGGCUCCGACGAAUCGGGAUGCGAGGCUGAUAUGUUGGAGAGUGCAGAGGUGGGACGGCACUCCCCGUCCCGGCCUCAGCAAGAGCCCAUCAACCUUAAGAAUGAGCAGGCGGAGUCGGACCGGGAAAGCGGCGCGAGUUCGCCGGAGGGCGGCGGGCCGCGCGCGCAGGUAGCCGAACCGCGCACGCCGUCGCCGCGCGCGCGCACGCCGCACCAGCCGCACUUGAAUGGCUCCAUGGCGUCGAUGUUCCAAAACCUCCAGAACCUGGCGAACAUGCAGCAAGGCAUGCCGAUGUCGCAGCAGCAGAUGUCACAACAGAUGUCCCAGCUGGCGGCCAACCUGCAGGGCCUGACGUCCAUGCCCAACCCGGUCAUCAACUCGCCUCUCAAUUUGAGCGUUAGUGCACCAGGGAUGGGAUCGCCAAACCCAGUGAGCAACAACAACAUGCUGCCCCCAGCGAUGCCCUCGCCCAUGCCACAACUGAUCCUGGCUUCAGGUCAGCUUGUUCAGGGCAUCCAGGGCGCUCAGUUGCUAAUACCGACCUCACAAGGAAUAGCCACGCAAACGAUCCUCACGAUACCGGUCAACCACGUGAACUCGAACGAUCAAAUGGUGAACUUAGCGCUGAAUAAUGGCCAAGUGGUGUCUACGUCGCUCGCCAACCUCCAAGCGAUGGCCCAACCUCACCAGCUCCUCAACUCCAAUCCGCAGCAAACGCAAAACAUUCGACCGAACAUGUUAAACCCGACCCUGUCGAACGCGCUCCUGAACCCCGGCUUGCCAAACUUCUUGUCCAACGGUGCGACAAAUGCCCAAGAGUUACUCCAGGCGUUACAGCAACAGCAGCAGCCGCAAGGGAAUCACAACCUUCUGCAGACGGUACAACAGAACAAUAUGCCGCAGCAGAUGCAAGGGCGGCGAUCGUCGUCGCCCCGACCGGACCGGCAUUAUAAGGAGAGGGAAAAUUUCGAAAGGUUCGCAGGCGGAUCUAGAGAAAGGAACGAACGGGAAAACGCAGGCGCAGCGGCAAUGAACAGUAUUAAUAGGCUUACAGCAUCAAACGGUGAGAUCACAAUCACGACAUCGCACGCGAACGCCGGACCGGGCAGCAGCACGGGCAGCGUCGGCUCCGGGCCUAACGCGUCACCCCACGCGCCGGUCAAACUGUCUCCAGGCUCCGUGAAGUCACCCUCGCAUGAAGAGAACGAUCUGCUCGCUGAUUCGCCAAAUCAACCAACGAUCAGUCAGUCAUCAGGGAAUGUGGUCGACGGCAUCAACCUAGAAGACAUAAAGGAAUUCGCAAAAGCUUUCAAAUUGCGACGACUCGGCUUAGGACUAACCCAAACGCAAGUGGGGCAGGCGCUUUCCGUCACCGAAGGACCAGCUUACAGUCAAAGCGCCAUUUGCAGUGCCCUGGCUUCGCAGAUGCUAGCAGCUCAACUGUCUUCACAACAACAAAACAUAUUUGAGAAAUUGGAUAUAACACCAAAAAGUGCGCAGAAAAUCAAACCGGUGCUUGAACGUUGGAUGAAGGAAGCCGAGGAGAGGUAUGCGUCCGGUCAGAACCAUUUGACGGACUUCAUCGGAAUGGAGCCGAGUAAGAAAAGAAAACGGCGAACAUCCUUCACUCCACAAGCGUUAGAGCUACUCAACGCACAUUUCGAACGAAACACCCAUCCGUCUGGUACCGAAAUCACUGGUCUUGCACACCAACUAGGAUACGAGCGUGAAGUUAUCAGAAUAUGGUUCUGCAACAAACGUCAAGCCUUAAAAAAUACCGUGCGGAUGAUGUCGAAAGGCAUGGUCUAAAAGUUCUCUGUUAUGUUUAUUCCUAGCCAUGCAUUUUGUCGAUGUUUGUUCUGACAUGACAACACUAAAUUUCGCCACUUCGAAGGCUUAUCGAAUGAAAUUAGGGAUGCAUUAAAUAUCAAUAUCGAUAAAUUUAAAAGUGUUUUGUUUUAUCAAGCAAGUAAUGUUCUUUAUUGUUUGAUUUAAAAUUGUAACAAUAAUUUCGUCUAUUAUUUCUUUUUAAUGUAAUUCUAAUCUGGCCUUAACUCGAAUCUUGAUAUGAUUCCAGCCAAGUUUAGAGGAGUAAUAAGUUUUAAUAAAAUAUUUAUGUAAAAUAAAACAUUUUGACUGAUAUACUCGUCUUGAUGUAGCUACUUUUACAAUGGUAUAAAUGGUUCGUAGAAUAACAUAGGUGUUUAGUACAAAAUUGAGCCUGUGGCUUUUAUAACAAUACUCUGUUCUGAAUAGCUGUUUUAAAAAACAAGAUUUUUGUAAACCUCCAUGAUUUACAAAUAUUUAGAGAAGCAUGUCUUACAAAUUACGUUUAAUUUUUUGUGAUUUCUUUUUAUUAUUAUAAUUAAAGAUGCAUUUUGUAAAUAAGUACAAUACAUGGAAAUCUCAGCGUUAAAAAUAGUACUAGAUAUAUUAAUUUAUUGAAAUACUCUGAGUUGUUUUGUUCUACUUAGCAAAUGAUGCACCUUAUAGUUUAGAAAUAAAAUAAUAUCAAUAUUAUGGAAGUAGAUAAUGUGUCGUCAGUCUUAGUGACCUACAAGUUUAUCGAAUCUUAGUUUUUUGUUAAUAGAUAGAUAUUAAAAACGAUGUGUAUAAAAUAAUUGAAUGCAUUAUCGUAAAUUGUAAAUAUUGUUCGCGUAAUUUUAGUUUAUUAAAAUGUAUUAUUAGUUUUAUGUACCUAUAAGAUAAGUUUUUAGCUUUGUAAGAUUUUGUGUAAUUAUACAAGUUGGAUAUUUGUUGCGAUAUUUAAUAAUAAUUUUCUUAAUGCCUUUAUUUCAGAAUUUUGCCUAAAUGAUUACGUUUUGUUUGAGUACAAGUUUCUUAAAAUACACCUAACAGAAGGUCUGACUUGAAUUAAAUGUUUAACUGUUGCAUAUUUUUUGGGUAACCAACAAACUAAUAAAAUUACCUCGCAUUUGGAAAGUAGAUUUUGAAAUAUUAUUAUAGAAUUUUCAAAAAAUUUAAAAAUUUAUAUUUGAUUUAAGUAUUGAAAUACCCAAAAAGUAUGCAAAGUAUAACUCGCCGUUGUAUAUCUACACUGCAAGCAUUUUGCAGACUACCCUCAGAACUCAGCACUUUUCUUUCCCCUCGAACCUUUUCAAUGCCAUAGAAAACAUGAUAUAAAUAGCCACAUCCAUACAUUUUUUAUUGAGUUUUUGUAAUGUGCAUGUAAUGUUCAUUCGUACUAAAAUUUGGACUAAGGACCUACUGUUAAAUGUAUUACCGUAGUUAUAAGGAUGUAAUUUAAAGUAUGUUAAUGACCAAUGAAAACCAACUUGUGAUCAAUAAUAUUUGUACUGUUACCUACUACUUAACAAGAGUCGUUAAAAAAUAAUAUUAUUAAAAAUAUUGAACAUAUUUUUCGGCUGUUGAAAAAAUUGUAAAUACAAUAUUAAGGAUAAUAAAACUAUUUGGAUUAAUAUUUAGGAACAAAAGGAAAAAAUAUUAUCAAAAUUUAUAUUUUCAAAAAUUAUUACAAAUGCAAAAAAUGUGUAUUUAAAAGUGGAAGGUUCGGCCAUAAUCAAAAUUACUAAAUGACGGAUUUUUUACGACUUAUGCACAUCACUACACCCACAGAUAACAACAGUACGGUAAACAGUUAUUCAAAAGUGCAAUGCGAUACUGUACGUAAUCUGUACUUAUUAAUAAGGAAUCAGGUUUUUCUUUAACUCAAUAAGCCAAUUUAAUUAAAUCUACUUAUUAAUAGUUAAUAUAGAAUGUAAUGUUUACUGUCUGACGCUAUUGAUACAAUCUGUUUAAUUACCAUUAAUAUAAUCGAUACUCUUAAUCAAAUCGAUUCAAACCAUAUUAAUAAUACAUGUACAAUAGUGCUUUUAUAUCAAUAAAUAAGGAAAAAUCUGAUUCUCCUCAAACAUUAGCGUAAUAGAAGCAGCAUAGAAUGCUAAGUACAAAAUAAUUAAUUAACUAUAAAACUGCUAGUCCGUUACAUUAAAUAAAAUUUAUUAUAAUUGUAUUACACGGCAAGAUCGCAUUGCACCCUGGUUUUCAUGAUACGCAAGUAUUUAAUAGUAAUAAUAGUUUAAAAUUACGGAAAUCUACUACACAUAACUUCAUCUGUAACACAUAUUCAAACCAAACUGUAACAGUAUCUAAUAGUGUAUUAAUUUCUCUUCCUGUAAUGGUACCGAUUGAAUGACUAUGGCUGCUGGAUUAUGAAGAAGUGCAGAUUAAAGGCAGAUAACUGUUUGAA